AAGCAAUCCAUUACUGAUCACAACCUUCAAAACAAAUCAAUCAGAAAAAUUACUUACUCCCUAAGCACUGCAUGAGAAUGAUGAUCAUGAAGUUUCUAGUAGUAAUUACACUAGUGGUGGUGUCUAAUACUCCAAUGUCAAUAAAAGCGGAAAAGGACCUGAUGAUAAGGGAAUGCCACAAUGCAAGAGUCCCGACCAUAUGCAUGCAAUGCCUCGAAUCUGACUCAUCCUCCAUCCAUGCCGACCCUGUUGGCCUCGCCGCCAUCAUCAUUAACUGCCUCGACUCUCACCUCCAUAUCCUCACCAACAACAUUACGACACUAUUGUCAAAGAUAGAAAAGGGACAUGAUGCAAUCAAGACAGCUCUGGAGGGUUGCAAAAAGGACUUGUCGGAGGCUAUUACAAAAGCACUGCCCGAUGCCAAAAACAGUCUGAAAACCGGUGACUACGACAAAGCCGGCAAAUCGGUAAAGCUUGCGCUUGGCUUUCCUCUGAGCUGUAGCGACAGUCUCCAAACUACCAAGUUUGAUUUUCGCUCCUUUUAUAACCGUAUCAGAAUCUAUGCCCAACUCUCCAAUGCGGCUAUGCGAAUUAUCGAUCGUUUCUAAUAAUUCAUAAAUAUCACAUGUUCUUAAUUCUCUAUAUAUAUAACUCAAAAAGAGAACUUAAAUCCAUUGUCGAUGGACGCUCUAUGCUUACCGCAAUUUAAAUAAAAAAUUAUUCUUCUU